GCUGUUGUAAGAGAACCAAUCAGGAUAUAUGUAGACUAUGUUGACAAUCUGUUGUGAAUGUUGUAGAUUGCCACUUGAUCGGUAAAGUAGGGGACCUGCCGGACACAACUAUUUUUAGAAAAUUAGGUGCCAGUCAGACACAUGCUGUGGUAGGACUCCACUAGGGGGUUCUAGUGCAGAUAAUGUUUGCCUAAUUCAUGUGCCUAAUUCAUGAAUGAGUCAGACAUCGAUGAGGAGGCAGUUGACAAUGCAAGACUAACACGUUCGAGAUCACGUAGGAUCCCGCACGUGUUCCAGGCCCUACAACCGGAAGACGAAAGACGCAUUCGUGCCGAACGCAGAGCCCGUGCUCUCGCAGCAUCGAGAGAGGCAGCAAACGUUGCAGCUAGGGAACAGGCUGCAGCAGCAGCCAGGGCAGCAGCCAUGUCUUCUGCAGCAGCAUCCUCUGCUACAUCUUUUGUUGUGUCCUCGUCUGGACCGCAGUUGGGAAUGCCAACAGGGUCCACGGGUACUUCCAGUUCAGUAGGAUCUCGUCGGUCUACAAGUCAAAUGGCGGGCUCGCAGUUCAGCCCGUUGACUCCUCGCGAAAGGGAGCUCAGGGAGCUCCAACAGGUCGAAAAGAUCCGUGAACAGUUAGAGAGGGACCUGAAGAAAGCAACUGAUAGAGAAAGAGAGAUUAAAAAUAGAACAGCCAGGCUUGAUACUUUAGAGGCUGACAAAGCUGAGUUAGAGGGCUUGGAUGAGUCAGCAUUGUCUGACCAAAUGAAAAUACUGAAGCACAAUUUGUUGUCGCUGCAUGCGCACGUGGACAGCAGAUUGGACUUCAUGCAGAGCACUCUUGACCAGAUCCUGGAUGUUCUGACAAGGCCAGGAUUUAGGCCACCAGCACAGUCGCCGUUGCCGUUAACGGCGAUGUCAGGCCCCUUUCCAGUUCAAGCUGGCACACAACCAAGUGGCACGUCUCCGGCAGCUGCACAGACCGUUGCGUCUUCUUCUUCGGGUUCAGCGGUGGUUGCUACACCACAACAACAACCUGUUCCUCAACAGGGACAGCCGCGAGGUCAAUGGUUCCCUAAGACCCCAAUGAAACCGCAUCUUGCCUUCUCUGGCGAGAGAAAGGACGAAGAACUCAACACUUGGUUGAGAACAGUCCCGGUUUGGGUGAAGGCAAAGAGGACCUUGCUGGACGACGAAGUGGUUACUGCUACAUCUUACCUCGAGGGUAAGGCAGCCAAAUGGCUAGAUGGUGUAGUGGUAAAGGCUGGGUACGGACGACGCAUGGCGGACUGGGCUAAGACUCUUACGUUAGAUCAAUUCAUGGAGAUGGUAGAAGCUCGAUGGCAUAAUCCACAGGAGACACAAAGAGCCACUUGUGCGAUCAACAGUCUAAACCAACGAAAGUUCAAGUCGGUCAGAGAGCUUACGACUACCGUAGAGAGCCUGAUCCUCAUUCCUGGCAUCAACUACAGUGACCAGUUCCUGUUGACUACGUUUGUUAGAUGUCUUCCAGAGAACAUCAGGAACUUGCUGGCCAGCGAGGAACGCCUCGAGUACCAUUCGUUUGAGACGUUGUCUAGGAAAGCAUUAGAUUUGGAGGCCACUCUAGGCAAUGCUCAACCCUCUCAGAAUGACACGAAGAAGAAGAAGAGUCCGCAGGAGUGGAAAAAGAAAGGGGCUAAGUUGAUGAUGGUUGAGUCCGAUGGGACUCAAACGGAGAUCGAUGAGCUGACCGACCUGCUGGACAGUUCAGAGUACGACGGCGAGGAGACCGCUGAGGGUAGCACCCUCGCCGCAGUAGUUAAGGCUAAGGCUGGUGGCCGAGUGAAGGGCCAACCAAAGAGUCAAGGGAAGGCCGCCUCUAAUCAGACCAAAGUGGCUGAUUGGGUAAAGGCAGGUCUUGAUCAAGACGUGUGGCGUGACCGUCGAGUGCGUGGCGCUUGUAUUAACUGCGGGGAAUACGGACACUCGCAGUACAAGUGCCAGAAAGCAAAGAAGCCAUUCAUAGUGACCACUGACGUAAGCCAAUACGGCAUUGGCGCAGUGCUGGCUCAACAGGAUGGGAAAAAGUUGAGACCGAUUGAGUAUAUGAGCAAGAAGAUGCCAUCAAAGAAGUUGGCCAAGUCCACCUAUGAAAGGGAACUCUAUGCUCUAUAUAAAGCACUUGUCCAUUGGAGACACUUCCUAUUGGGAAGGUUCUUCUACUUGAGGGCUGAUCAUCAGACCCUCAAAUGGAUCAAGACUCAACCGGCUCUUUCUGACGCACUCAAGCGAUGGAUUGAAGUCAUAGACCAAUUUGACUUCAAGCUUGAGUAUCUGAAGGGAGAGUACAACCAGGUUGCAGACGCCCUAUCACGUAGGGCAGACUACCUAGGUGCGCUAAUUUCUGACUUUGAUGUAUCUGAAGAAGUAACUCAAUCAUUGGUGGGAGCCUAUCAGGAAGACCCUGUCAUGAUGGACAUCAUGCGCAAACUUCAGGCAAAAGACAAGGCCACAGAAAGUGAGUUUGUGAUGAUGGAUGGGUUACUCUUUCUCGAUAAGGCCGGUUGUAAAAGAUUAGUAGUUCCAUCUAGUGAACGUUUGCGUAGUUUAUUUCUAGGAGAAUGCCAUGACGCAACCGAACACUUUGGCUACAAGAAGACGAGUGCUAAUCUAGUUCAGCGAUUUUGGUGGCCUGGAAUGCUAGACCAUGCAAAGAAGUACGUAGAGACCUGUCAGGUCUGUCAGCGGGAUAAGCCGCGAACUCAAGCACCGCUUGGGUUGCUAAAGCCCUUGCCUAUCCCCUCUGGUCCAGGACAGAGUGUCUCCAUGGAUUUCAUGGAUACCCUGGUGACCAGCAAGAGUGGCAAGAGGCACAUCUUCCUCAUCAUCGAUCGAUUCACCAAGUACGCUAGAGUAGUUGCAAUGCAAAAGACCGCAAGGACUGACUAUGUCAUCAAGUUGUUCAAGGACAACUGGGUGCGUGACUUUGGUUUACCAAAGACCAUCGUUAGUGACAGAGAUGUCCGCUUCACAAGCGAGCUAUGGAAGAAGAUUGUUGAACAGAUGGGCAGUCAACUUCAGAUGACUUCAGGGAAUCAUCCUGAAGCCAACGGACAAGCCGAACAAAUGAACAGAGUUGUACAACACUUGUUGAGGCACUACAUCAAGCCCAGCGAGGAUGACUGGGAUGAGCAGUUGCCUCUCAUCGCCAACCUGUACAACAAUGUUGUACAUAGCAGUACCGGCGUUAGUCCCAACCAGCUGCACUUGGGAUGGAAGCCUAGAUCAGCCCUAGACUUCCUCCUUCCUGAAAACCGACCCGCCGCAACUCCAGGCACACUUGAGUAUGGUGUGCAGUAUGAGAAGUUGUUGCAAGAAGUUGUCGAGCACAUGAAGAGAGCUCAGCAAGCAAUGAUUGCUUCUGAGAAUCAACAUCCUAGACAUUCCUCAUUUCAGGUAGGGGAACGUGUUUGGGUCAAGGCUAGCGAGCUAGGACAAGAAUUCAGAAUCUCUCGUAAACUAAUGCCUCAGUAUUUUGGUCCCUGGGAAGUCCAGGAUAUAGUGGGAGAUGAGAUGGAUGGUCCCACAUAUGUCAUUCGUGUCCCUUGACACCUACGCACUCACCAUGUCUUUCAUGCCUCAAAGCUUGCACCUUUCACUGAGACGGAUCAGUUCCCUUCAAGGAGAUUGAUGCUGCCCCCAACCAUGGAUGGUCAAGUGGACAUCGACGACAUUGUGGAUCACAGAGAUCUGGCUGUUCAGAAGCCAUUGGGAAGAGGAAGACCUCCAAAACCCAAGCGGGAAUAUCGUGUCAGAUUCAGGCAUCAUACAGAUCCAAAAGAAGGCCAAUGGUUCACCAGAGAGGAACUGAUUGACACAGCUCCUCAAGUGGUAGUAGAAUAUGAGAAGAAGCUGAAAGGGAAGGCACCUGGGAAAUACGAUAGUGUGCCCGUUAAUCCUGAUCCAAAAUACCAUCAAACACAUAGGAUAAAAAAAAUUCAGUGCUAUCGAUCAGACAGUGACACAAGGACUCACUGCAGACAUUGGAGAUUGAACAAAUAAGCUAGAGACAA